AUGACAGUUGGUGAGAUGACCUUGACCCUGGAUGAUGUUGGCACUAUUCUUGGCCUUCCCAUUGUAGACAAAUCAGUCAGCGUACCAGAUGUGACAGAUCAUCAUGGAGUUACACUACUGGUGUAUGGCUUGGGGAUUACUGAACAUGCAGCACAUGAAGAGGUUUCUUCUGCUGGUGGCAAUUCAAUCAGGCUUGAGUGGUUGCAAAGUCAGUUUGCUGGUGUCACAAAUUCAGACCCCAAGGAGGCUAUACAGUGCACUGCUAGAGCUUAUUUGUUGUUUCUGUUGGGAUGUACACUCUUCAGUGACAAGAGUGGCGGCAGGGUUCCUGUUGUUUACCUUGGCUUAUUGAUGGAUUUGGGAUCCAUUGAUACUUACGCCUGGGGUGCUACUGCAUUAGCAUUUUUAUACAGACAGUUAGGGUAUGCUAGCCAGUCCGGGGUUAAGCAGAUGGGUGGUUAUAUGACUCUUUUGGAGGCGUGGAUUUAUAAGCACUUCCGAACAUUCCGACCUCACCAGAACAUGGGCUACAAUGAAGACAUGACACACGUGUACCAUUGGGCAUCUAGGAGAGAGGCGGGUUCCUCUAUUAAUCAUUUGAAAUCUUUUCGAGCCAAGCUUGACAGUUUGGUAGCUAUUGAUGUUAUUUGGGAUCCAUACCACAGCUACAGAGACCGGCAUCCAUGUAAUCCGGUUACUUUCUACCAUAGAUGCUUAAAGUGCUUAGACGUUGUCGAACCCUAUCAUCUCGAUAGAGUUCUGAGGCAGUUUAGCAGGGUUCAAACCAUCCCAGAUGCACCGCUAGCUCCCAGUCGUGGUGCUCGAGGCAACAUAUCUGCACGAUAUACAGUCAUGUAUAGAUACUUGGAUAGGAUCUGGGAGGCUUGGGAUAAUCACGUGUUAUCUGAGCAACGGAGGAGCACACCAGUUCAUCAGCCUUGGGAAUGUGUACCGGGUUACAUUUACAUGAAUUGGUAUAUGAAUAUCACGCACCUAUAUGUUGAGCACACUAAUGAACCGCGUGUCCAUGACCAUCAGGAUUUCAGCCAACAUGCCGAUAUUUCAUAUCCUAUUACUGAUGCUGGUUAUGAAGAGGGGAUUCGACAUCCUUAUCGACUUUACCAGGCUAUCGAGAGUAUGACGCAUGUCCUUCAAGGUCAGCACAUUGACGAAGCUGGACCUAGUUUUACUGGAGGUCGCUUUCCAUCUUCGACAUUGACAUACAGUCGUAGGCCUAUGCGUAGGCAUACAGCUGAUUCGUGA